AUGAUUCCUCCAGAUGAAGCCAACGACCCUGAGAAGAAAAAGUCAACCUGGACGGUGAUACAGGAGUGGUACGUCCUAGAGCUGGCGAGCAUGCUCGUCGCAGCGGGAUGCGUGGUCGCGACGGUGAUCGUCCUCCGGCGCUACGACCGCCGCCCGCAGCCCGCGUGGCGGUAUAUGUCGCUCAACGCCCUCAUCUCCUGGCUCAGCACCAUCUCCAAGGCGUGUAUCCUGUUUGCCGUGAGCGAGGCGCUAGGCCAGCUGAAAUGGGUGUGGUUCGCGCAGGGCCGUCGGCGGCCUCUACCGAAUCUGCAGACGUUUGACUCAGCCAGUCGGGGGCUGUACGGCAGCGCGCAGUUAAUUUGGAUGCUCAGGGGACGACAUUUUGCUAUCUGGGGAAGUUUGGCGGUGAUUCUCGCCUUGGCGUAUGACCCAUCGGUCCAGAACCUGAUCCACUAUUACUCGGAUCUGAUGGAAGAUGCUCAUCAGCAGGCGUGGGUAGCGAAUACCUCGACGUACGCUUCGUAUGGAAGCGGGAUGCUGGGGAGUGAUCCGUGGGUGGACCCCGUCCUCAAGGGCAACGUCUACAAUGCACUCUUCAACCUGGACGACACCCGCCCGUGGGCCACGCCGCAUUAUGUCUGCAGCUCGGGGAACUGCACGUGGAGCCCCGUGGCGGCGCUAGGAGCGCGAGCACUGUGCUCCGACGUGACGCAGCACCUGGAGACCAAGAAUGCCUCGGUGGAGACUGGGGGCGGGCUGAAGAACACGGUGUUUCUCCCCAACUCCACCGUCACGGUCUGGUUCAACGCCUCCUACGUUGGAGACCAGGUCUACAUGGCCAUGGACACCGUCGACCCGCGGCUCGCCCGCGUCUACAACAACGCCACCUACCCGCCGAUCCAGUUCAUCGCCCCGCGCGGCUACAACAGCAGUAGCGGCGACCGCUAUCCGCGGCUAACGUCGAUGUCUCAAUUUCAGGCCACGGAGUGCAGUCUCGAGCCCACCGUGUAUAGCUUCAAUGCCAGUGUCCACAGUAACGUGUAUCGCGAAGAAAUCCUCACGGUGUGGUCCAGAGACAUGAGAGCGCAGUCAACGAAGAGGGGUGUGAUGCCCCCGUUCAAGGGCUCCCCGCCCGGCUGGGGUACUGCUGAAGGCAUAAUGCAGCCCAACCAGACCUUUCUCAUCACCGACACCGCCAGCAGCGGUCUGGGCACCUUCCUCCAGUACCUCUUCGCGGGAUCCUAUCGCGUGACGGGCUCCAAGACCCGACUGCAGGUCGACCAGGGCACCGCCUACGCCACCGCCGAUACCAUCCAGGCCCUCAUGAGCGGCAACAUGACCGGCUGCUCCAUGCAGACGUCCGACAAAUUUGCCUGCGCGAUGCGCAACGUCGCCGCUGCUGUGACCAAGUCCUUCCGCGACGCCGCGUACAUCGCUGCGGACUCGGAUGUCGCGGCAGCUAACAUGACAGCAGGUCAUGGCUGGGUCAACCAGACUUACGUUGAGGUGCAUUGGCAGUGGGUCACGCUGCCGGUCGUGGUAUGGGUGCUCGGGUUGCUGACGCUGCUGGGCGCGGGGUGGAAGACGCGUCGGAGUGAGGUGCCGAGCUGGCGGAAUAAUCCGAUGCCGUUGCUGUUUCUGUAUCGGGAGGGCAAGUGGGAGGGGGGGCAUACAAAUGAGGAACUUAUUUCUAGACGAGAUGAUGCGGCAGUGAUGUUGUGCAAAGAUAAUGGUGGCUUUGUGUUGGCGUGA